AUGUCGAAGAAAUCUGAAGCUCCGCUUUCCUUGUCUGACUGCCUCUGCCAAAUUUGCAUGGAUAUCUUUGUGGAGCCGGUGACGCUGCCAUGCAACCAUACCCUCUGUAAUUCUUGUUUCCAGCUGACUGUUGAAAAGGCCAGCCUUUGCUGCCCUUUUUGUCGGCGGCGGGUCUCUUCUUGGGCACGAUAUAAUGCCCGCAGAAAUACUCUUAUCAACUGGGAACUCUGGGAAAAGAUUCAGAAGAAUUACCCAAAGGAGUGUGAGCGUAGGAUUAACGGCCAGGAUUUGGAAGAGGAAAUCUGUGUCCCCCAUCCACAACACCAGUUAAGCAAGCCUGGGGAACUGAGACGGGAAUAUGAAGCAGAGAUUAGCAAGGUGGAGGCAGAAAGGCGAGCGCACGAACAAGAGGAGAACAAGGCAAGUGAGGAAUACAUUCAGUGGCUUCUAGCAGAAGAGGAGGAGGAAAACAGAUUGGCAGAAGAGAGACAGAGCGAGAUGGAGAAACAGCUGAAGCAAGAUGAAGAGUUGGCCUGGCAACUGAGUAACAGUCUGAAUGAUGAUUCCAAAGGACACAUGCCCAGCAGCCCUUCACCAGCAGGCCGUCUCUCACCUGAAACAUCCCCAGCUAAUUUGUGCAAGAUGAAGAACAAACCAAGCAACUCUGGAGACAUUCAGAAGUAUCUGUCUCCAAAGCUUCAUCAUACGGUGGGAUCAGCAUCAUUCUCCAGAACAGCAAAAAGAGGCAGGAGUGACUCUGGCUCUGUGGAGGCCAGUAGCAAAGAAGGCAGCAGUUCUGUGUGGCAAGAUGAACAAGAGGAAAUGCCAACACUGUCUCCACAGCUGACCGGUGUGAUUAAAGAUUCUAGUGCUAAGGAUUCGUUUUUGGAAUCAUGCAUGAACUAUUUCAGUGCCUCAGCUUCAGGGGAAAUGGCCGCUCUCAAGCAGGAAAAAACACCAGGACCAAAUUGUCUAGGAGACAAAGUUCCAGAUGUGCUUAAUGGAAUCACAAAAGGGGAAGGGUCUAGAGCAGACCUUCAUAGAUCCAAAGGAGAAGAUGAUGGAACUGAGUCAGACAGUGGCAGUUUAACACAUGGAGAAAGUAUAAACCUUGAAAACUCUGGUGAAGCAUGUAUUCAAUCAGCAACAAAUUCUGUGAUGUCUGACAGCAGAAGUGUAAUACGUGAUGUCAUGAAGGUGGCUAGACACUCAGAUGAAGAGAAAGCAGAGAGACUGCAGAACAUUAAGGAGGCUCCAAAAAGAAAGUUGCUAGAGCCACCAGCUGAAGCAGUGGUUGACUUAUGUGUGCUUGAUAAGAGGAGAAGAACUUUUCCAGAAAGUUUAGAGGACCAAGAGGUGCAGAUAAAUGAUUUUAACUUGCAAAUGCAGAAAGCCUGUGAGCAGGAGUUCUAUGAAAGGCGAAUGCAAGAGGAGCAGGACAGGCUUCUGGCUCUGCAGCUACAGAAACAGAUCAACAAGGAGGAAAGGACACUUAAUCGACGGAAGGGCUCUCCGGAUGAGUACCUUCUUCGCACCAAACCACCUCAGUCUGUGAAAGACUCACCUGCUAGAAAGGGAAGUUCUAAGAUGGUAAAAGACUCAAAGGUACCGAAAAAACAGGCUGAAACAAAUCAUCGCAAGACUCGGAAAGGUUCUUGCAAUGAAAACUGGCAGUCCCCUGCCAGAGUGCGAAUGAAGUCACCCAGCAUCAAGGGAGGGAAAGUUUUGAACUGCGUGGUUAAUACCAGUGACGCAAAUGAUAUUUGUUCAUUACCUAUGAAUAAGCAAAAGACGAUCCUUCAGAUGUUCAAAAGCUCUGUUGUGGAGUAG